AUGGCCUUUGUCAUGCCUCCUGUAAAUGUGCCGGUUCUGGUUCCACCUCUCCCUCUUAAACCCCCAGAUCCGGUUAUCCCAGAAUCUCCUGACCCCAUAUCUCAAGUGCCCAAGUUUCCUUUAGGCGUAAUUCGCCUCUCUCUUGAAGAAAUCUCGGCCGAUGCUCCUGUUCCGACUUUAGAGAGUCUAGAGCGAGUCCCACUUUCAACUGAUUCGUCGGUGGUUGAACAGAAUCCCGUCGUUUUCGGCACUGCUCUGCCGUGGGCUACUAGAUUUAGGUCUUCUCUCCGGAAUCUGAAAAAGGAAACAACGCCUUCAUUCUUAGAUGAUGGUACUCCCAUUGUAUCGGCUCCUGAUUCAGUCUUGCUAGGGGCUUCGGUUCUGUGGAAAGGUCAUCUUAUUGCUCAUUGGUACGGGAAACCCCCUCCAGUCUCAAGAAUUCUCUCUGAUCUCAACCCAAUAUGGGGUACUCAAGGACGGAUAUCUGUGAGGCAUCUGUCUGACUCGUCGAGUUUAAUUUUCAUUCCGUCUGAAGCUACCCGUGCUAGAGGUCGCCGCUAA